GGGUGGGCGUGGCGCGGCGCGGGCGCGCGGCCCUUCCUUCCCGUCCCUGCCCCCCCCCCCCCUCUCACGGCCGUGCCCGCCGCCGCCGCCGCCCCCACCCCCAACCCCCGCCCCCGGCCCCGCCGCCCAGAAGAUGGCGAGCCCGUGCGGGCGGCAGCAGUGCUCCAUCGAGAGGCGCGGCGUCCGCCACCAGCUCGAUUCGUGGCGACACAAGCUCAUUCACUGUGUAGGGUUUGAAAGUAUUCUAGAAGGCCUGUUUGGACCUGGAUUAUUAAAAGAUCUCAGUUUGUUUAAAGACUGUGAGCCUGAAGGUGUUUCUGAUUGGUCUUUUGAUGAAAAUUGUCUUUUCUGCUGCCUGAGAAGAGAAAAAGUGAAGGAGCACUUAGUCAGUCUGGAUGAGCCAGCCUCGGAAGCUGGACAAGAAGCUCUGCUUAGACAAGAGCAAGCAAAAAUCAUUCGUUUUGAAAGGCAAGCGGAAGAGUUCCUCAAUGCAGUCUUUUACAGAAAAGACAGUCCUAGGGUCUCUGACCCCAAUAUUCCCCUAGUGGCCCGUGAGAUCAUGCAGCGAAUGAUCCGACAGUUUGCUGCUGAAUAUACCUCAAAAAAUAGCUCUACUCAGGACUCCAGCCAGCCCAAUAGCACAAAGAACCAAAGCCUGCUGAAAGCAUCUCUGGUCGCCUCCUCUCCCACGGCUGCAACUGCUCAGAACCCUGUGCUCAGCAAACUUCUCAUGGCUGACCAAGACUCACCUCUGGACCUUACUGUCAGAAAGUCUCAGUCAGAACCUAGUGAACAAGACGGCGUGCUUGAUUUAUCCACUAAGAAGAGUCCUUGUGCCGGCAGCACCUCUCUGAGUCAUUCUCCAGGGUGCUCCAGUACUCCAGGAAAUGGGCGACCUGGGAGACCCAGCCAGCACCAUCCAGAGGGACUACAGAGUGGUGAUGGGGUACCUCCAAGAAGCUUGCAGGAUGGAACCAGGGAAGGUUAUGGCCACUCUACAUCUCUUAAAGUACCGCUGGCUCGAUCACUCCAGAUUAGUGAAGAACUGCUGAGCAGAAACCAGUUUUCUACGGCUGCCAGCCAUGGGCCAUCUGGACUACAGAAUCAUGGACAGCACUUAAUAUUAUCCAGGGAGGCUUCUUGGGCAAAACCACACUACGAAUUCAAUUUCAGCCGCAUGAAAUUCAGGGGAAAUGGUGCACUCAGCAACAUCAGUGACCUUCCUUUUCUUACAGAAAACUCUGCCUUUCAAAAAAUGGCACUUCAAACUAAACAGGAUGGGAAAAAGGACGUGAGCCAUUCGUCUCCUGUGGAUUUAAAGAUACCACAAGUUCGAGGCAUGGACCUUUCUUGGGAGUCCCGCACUGGUGACCAGUACAGCUAUAGCUCUUUGGUAAUGGGUUCACAAACGGAGAGCGCGCUUAGCAAAAAGUUAAGGGCUAUCCUUCCAAAACAAAACAGGAGAAGUUUGCUGGAUGCUGGACCAGAUUCCUGGGGCUCAGAUGCUGAGCAGUCUACCUCUGGACAGCCAUAUCCCACCUCAGAUCAAGAGGGAGAUCCUGGCUCCAAGCAACCUAGGAAGAAAAGAGGGAGAUACAGACAGUACAACAGCGAGAUACUGGAGGAAGCAAUCUCUGUGGUUAUGAGCGGGAAAAUGAGUGUUUCCAAAGCUCAGAGUAUUUAUGGGAUCCCCCACAGUACACUGGAGUACAAAGUUAAAGAGAGGCUGGGCACUUUGAAAAACCCUCCAAAGAAAAAAAUGAAAUUAAUGAGGUCGGAGGGGCAGGAUGUUUCAGUAAAGAUUGAAUUAGAUCCCCAGGGAGAAGCAGCACAAAGUGCGAAUGAAUUGAAAGAUGAGUAGGGAUGUUGUAGAGUGCCAAUUACUUUGCAAACUGGGUGAGCACUACUGCAUAGUUCAACCACCAUUGAGCACACCUGAUUCUCCUAUUGACUGCAACGUUCUUUCCUUUGCAGUCUAGCAUAGACUUGUGUGGACACAGGUGAAAGGUGUGCUCUGAAUGUCACAUCUGUAAAUUUUUUUCUUGCCUGGUAUGGUGCAGUUUCCCUCCUUCACCUGCCCACUACCCUGCUCUCUUCUCUUUUUUUCCCCCUCCCUUUUUUUUUCUUUGCCUUUUGCAUGUUUCUCUGUCAUAGAGAGUUGAGUUACCUCAUAAAGAAUGCAGAUCUGUGGAAGUGGACAUCUUGCCUGUAGAGCUUGCCUGAACUCCUGUUGUUGGAUUUUUUUUCUUAUCUGCCUUUAGAGAAAUAAGUCCACUUUGUUAAACUGAUAGUCUCUCAAAACCAGGCUUUUUUGACUGAGAAAAUCAGACUGUCGUUCUACAAAAGGUUUCAGAAAUCUUUUUUUCCCCCCUCCUUUUCUUUGAUCCAGUUGAUGGAAAGAUUUAAGCUAAAUCAAGUUACUUAGGAAUGGUACCUCUCUUGAACUAGGAGAUCUGUUUAUUUGGUGGAUAAUCAAUUGGGUCUAAUUAGGCUCUCCGCUAUUUUAUUUCUAAAUUAAACAUACCAUUCGCUGUCUGCUUAGUGCUCACCCGGAGGGGAGGGGAGGGAAAACUUACAUACACUACCUUCAGAAUAUGUCAGUUAAUUAUUUGUAACACUACCUUUGCUGUAAUUUUGUUUGAUAUUUUUGAAGGGUGAUAUUUGACUCACCUGCUUGAGGAUGUAGCCUUAUCUCACGGAAGACAAGCUUCUCAUGGUCAGGAGCAGUCAGGGUACACUAAAUGAUGUAUUAGGGUAUGCCUCAUUAUAACAGAACUAUGGUUCUUUGUGACCUUUAUGCUUUUUACAGACUUGAUUCUGAGUUUACUAAACUAUGUGGUUCCAACAACUAGUUUAAAUGACUCUAAUCUGGGGACGGGGGGGGAUAUGUGUAACAAACUACUGUGAUCUUGCGCAAAAAAAAAAAAAAGCCCACAAAACAGUGAUCUCAAACGUUACAACCUCAGUAGUCUGCCCAAAUAUCCACGUUAGUGAAGGAGCUUGUUAAUGUUCAGGGAAGAAGUAAAACACUGGUAGCCUGAUCUAACUCAGGCUCUGCAUCAUAUCUAUCUGUAAUACAGUCAGGGUCGAACACUCGAUGAAAGGGUGUUUCCUUUUUAAAUAUUACAGUUGCCAGUAGCAGGAAAUAAUCUAAGUCCUGCUUUUUUUUGUGUUUUUAUUUAAUCUAUUUUGAUAGUGGUUUAGCACAUGCUAGAAUAAGCAUUUAAACACCGUAAAAGCACUCCGUAAACCACAAACCUUUUUUCCUUUUUUUUCCAAAUAUUAAUGAUAUCUGUAUCAUUAUAUGGAGAUCCAGGAUAAGUUUUGUAUAGAACUUUUAUCUUUGAUACUUUCAGCGGGAGUGGUCAGUAACUAGGUGGAGCUUACUGGUCUUAGUACGACCAAAUUGCAAUUGCUGGUUCUUCAGGUAGAAACAAUUUGGUCUUAAUUUGUGCAAAAGGUAGCUAGAAUUACCGCUUUUUUCCCAGUUGCACAACCAAAAGAAGCAUUGGAGUUUUUGUGUGAGAGCAUUCAGUGAUGUCAGUGACUGAAAGUGGUUUCUACAAGUUCACGGGAGGAUGGCCUUAGCUAGUCCUAGGGAUGCUGAAUGAAUUCUGGAACAAUUGAUGCUACUAGCCUCUCCCCCUCCCCAGCAACUUCAUAUUUUCAAAGGUUAGGCACACCAUUGCUGUCGUUUUAAAUAUGCACUGCUCAUUCUUGAAACGGACCGGGCAUUUGGCCCCAGGUAUACUUUUUUUUGUUUACUUAAUAUGCUGUAGUACUCAAAAUCCUGGUUCCUUGUAGCUCUCUAGUUGUCGUUGCGGCAUUUGAAGCAGUUUAAGCUCAGUAGCAGUAUAUAAACUCUGCAAUAUGUUCCAGUUUAGCUGGUAAUUGCAAUAAAGGUGCAGUUAAACGUGUGAUUUCAUCUGCUGUUGGAGGUUACCGUAGAAAGUUUGCUGCAAGUUUAACACAAAAAAAAGAGUUAACACAGUUUUACUGUUCAGAGAGGUUUAACCUUUUGCAGUUGUCUUUAUUUAAGCAACAUGAGUUGAGUUUUAUAAAAACUUGUCACUGUAGUGUACGUGGAGUGCUCAUUUUACUAACCUAAAUAUUUUGUAUGUGUAUGUUUAAGUGGGUGACAAUCGUGCAGCAGAAGAAUGGUGUGCCUACCCUUUAAUGCUGCAGUUUUAAAAGAGAAUUUGUCUUGUCAUUUCAGACUGUAGGCUAAGAAUUGUAAAUAGAUAGUGAGAAGUUGAGUACUCUUUAUUUGCUUUGGUUAGAAAGUGGAUUUAAAAAAAAUAACCAACAAACCAAACGCGUAACUUUCUCAGUUUAAAAGUCCUGAGACCUGAAGAUUGUAAUACUCACGUCUGCAAAGCUUUUAAACACAACACUUGAUCUGUGAUAACUUAUUAUUCAGGUAACCUUUCUUUUUCGAGAAGCUUUUGAACAACCAUAUUUCCUCCAAAGGUCUCUGUUUAAAAAAGAAAAAAAAAGAAAAAGUGUAGAUUAUUUUUUAAGCACUAAUUGCGUUACGUUGGUAACUGCAAUAUAAAAUAGCCAUUAUUGUUUUGUGAAGCAUGGUUGAGAUUAGUUAGUGGUCCCUUUUAAAAAUUUCAUGAGCCUCUC